AUGCCACUCGCAUGCACAGGCAACGUACCUCCACUGGCACGAGACCGCGUUUUUACUGAGCUUUUUUCCCAGUUCAGUUCUAGUGGGCCCAUGAAUAAUAACGUCGGGCCGUCGGGCCUCCGCAGGAAACUGACGCUGGUCACAUUCAACUUCAGUUUCGAGGAUAAUAUAACAUCAACGUUUGGAUUGGAACCAGUCACACGAAUUCUAGUGCACCGUGCAUCCACAGCAUGUCGUUAA